AUGGCGAUCAAUCAAGUCCAAACGAGAGCCGGUCCAGUCGAAGCCGAAGUGACGGGGACCGGCAUACCAAUCCUCAUCCUGCACGGCAGUCCGGGAGGCAUCGAUGCCGCGCGAACCAUGAGCCACUUCCUCGACAAGCAUGUGUUUCAAUGCAUCUGCUUGUCACGUCCUGGAUAUCUUAAUACGUCACUCUCGCGAACCCACCGAUCCAUCGACGACGAAGCAGAUCUCGUAGCAGCACUUCUCGAUGCCUUGCAAAUACCACGCGUUGGCGUACUUGCCUGGUCCGGUGGCGGUGGAGUCGCAUACCAGCUAGCUGCCCGACAUCCACAACGUGUUUUCGCUAUGGUUGCGAUCGCGGCAGUGAGCAAGGCGUGGAUUGCACCUAAGACGCCUCUAGCGGAACGCGUCAUGUUCGGCACGAAGUUUGGGGCCAAGGUGGUCGACUUCAUGUCCGCAAAGGUCCCCGAGCACGUGGUCCAAGGAGCGUUGGAAGGAGAAGGUUCCCUCCGCGGCGAGGAGCUCGAGACGCUGGCGAAGCAAGUAAUGGAGGAUCCGGCGCAGCGACAGGUCGUGCUGGAAAUGGCGUCGACGGUGAACGUGGGCGGUCCGCGGAAGGAAGGAUGGCUGAAUGAUGUGAAGAACUUCGCGGCGAUCAAAAGUCUUGGGCUCGAGCAAGUCCAAUGUCCAGUCCUCCUCGUCCACGGUGAUGCCGACACGGAUGCUGUUCCGAGCUAUAGCGAAGACGCUCAUGCCAGGUUACCGCUCAGCAUCCUGGUGAUGAUGCCCAGAGGUACGCAUCUUUGCUUCUAUGCGCACCCACAGGCCCGCGAGGUCCAAGCGCAGGCGACGAAAUUCUUCUGGGAUCAUGCACAGCGUCCUUGA